AGGGUUGUCGUCACGGCAACGGACAAGCGACAUACGCACGCGCAACGGCAGUCUGUUAAUGUUAGAAUAAAGUUAAAAGGUGUAAAAUAUGUCGUUCUCUGGUUCCGAAGAUCUGAACGAAGAACUCAGUAAGCUCGCGAAUUAUGAGGGCGACAGGAACGAUGCGGGACAGAGGCACGGCGUGGGCAGGAGCGUCCUGCCCAACGGAGACAUCUACCAGGGCCGCUACGAGCACGGAGAGAGGCACGGGCAGGGGACGUAUCGCUUCAAGAACGGGGCAGUUUACGUGGGAGAAUAUUUCAAGAACUUGAAACAUGGACAGGGCACCUUCUACUAUCCAGACGGCUCCAAAUAUGAAGGCUCAUGGGUCAACGACCUGAGACAAGGCCGAGGGGUGUAUACCUACAGCAACGGGGACACCUACGAGGGAGAGUGGCUGAACCACUUCAGGCAUGGUCAGGGGGUGUACCAUUACCACCUCACUGGGUCAAAGUACGUUGGUUCCUGGGUGAAUGGCAACAUGCAGUCAGCUGGAGAGUACAUCCAUGCUAACCACAAGUAUCAAGGCAACUUUUUCAAUAACAAGCCCGACGGACCAGGGAAGUUUGUGUUUGACUUCGGCUGUGAGCAGCACGGAGAGUUCCAGCAGUUUCAGCAGAACUUUUCUGAUGAUGAGUGGGAUGAGACAGGCGCCCCCCGGUGGUUUCCCCGGUGAAUCACUUACCUGACAGGAUGGAGUCCUGACGCCGCUCUGAUUGAGGUGGUGAAAUGGAUUUAUCAAAUGAGGAAGAAACUCCCAAAAAAUAACAAAUUAACAAAUGUUUAACAUAUUAUUCUACUACUGUUUAUCUUGAAACUUUUUGGAAAUCUCCAUGAAUGUUCCAAUAAAGUGGUGAGUUUUCCUGGA